CCCUUCCACGUCGCCAUUCCCGUGCACAACAUCGACGAGGCCAAGGCCUUUUACGGCGGCAUUUUGGGCUGCGAGGAGGGCCGGUCGAGCACGAAGUGGCAGGACUACGCGAUGCACGGGCACCAGGUCGUCGUCCACUGGGUCGGCGAGGACUACCGGUGCCAGGACUACGUGAACCCCGUCGACGGCGACGAGGUGCCCGUGCCCCACUACGGCCUCCAGAUGCCGACGCUCGAGGCCUGGGAGGCCAUCGUCGCGCGCGUCAACGCCGCGAAGAUCCCCUGGGUCAUCGAGCCGACGCUGCGCUUCGAGGGCGAGCCGGGCGAGCAGUGGACCUGCUUCUUCAAGGACCCGAGCGGCAACAACCUCGAGUUCAAGCACAUGUCGAACCCGGAGUGGCUCUUCGCCAAG